AUGGAACCCCGAGCCCGCCCUCAUUGGAUCCCGACCUCGGCUCUCGGCUGUCGUCCGAGAGGAGUUGCAGUGGCAAGCGACGAGCGCCGAAGCCUUGCGAACACGAUUGACCGACGUCCUCCGGGCAACUUCGGCAGAGGAGCGCCGGGGGCAAGAAGCCUUUGCGGAGGAAGCCCGUCGAAGCAGCUCCCUGCAGGACCUGCUCCAGCGGUGGGCUAA